AUGAUCUAUCCCCAAGGCAUAAUCUCUCUCUCUCUCUCUCUCUCUCUCACUAUUUUUCUCUUUAUUUUCUCUAUCUAUAUCGCCUACUUUUUCUUUUUUACUUUCUUUUUUCUCUCUCAACUGUCACUUUCACAAUUCUCUCUCUCUCUUUUUACUUUCCUUUUCUCUCUCAACUGUCAUUAUCACAAUUCUCUGCCUCUCUUUUUUACUUUCUUUUUCUCUCUCAACUUUCACUAUCACAAUUCUCUCUCUCGCUUUUUUUACUUUUCUUUUCUCUCCCAAAUGUCACUCUUACAAUUCUCUCUCUCCCUUUUUUACUCUCCGUUUCUCUCUGAACUGUCACUAUCACAAUUCUCUCUCUCUCUCUCUCUUUUAAUUUCUUUUUCUUUCUCAACUGACACUAUCACAAUUCUCUCUCUGUCUCUCUCUCUUUUUUACUUUCCUUUUCUCUCUCAACUGUCACUAUCACAAUUCUCUCUCUCUUUUUUACUUUCCUUUUCUCUCUCAACUGUCACUAUCACAAUUCUCUCUCUCUCUUUUUUUUACUUUCCUUUUCUCUCUCAACUGUCACUGCCACAAUUCUCUCUCUCUCUCUCUCUUUUAAUUUCUUUUUCUCUCUCAACUGUCACUAUCACAAUUCUCUCUCUCUCUCUCUUUUACUUUCCUUUUCUCUCUCAAAUGUCACUAUCACAAUUCUCUCUCUCCCUUUUUUACUUUACUUUUCUCUCUCAACUGUCAUUAUCACAAUUCUCUGCCUCUCUUUUUUAA